AUUCAUUGUGUAGGAACAUAAAAAAAAAUAAUAAAAAAAUUUUUAGUUUUUAGUUUUAUAUUUUAAUAACUUUUGAACUUAAUAUAAUGGCCGAUUUUCCAAAAUGUUUAUCAGAUGACUCACUUUACGAGUACGAACAGAACGAAAAGAAACGACUUACACAGACUAGUAACCCCAAGAUAGUACAUUUUAGGCGUAAUGUGAGACCAUCUCAUACAAGCCACAAGCUCAGACAAAGACCCUCCCAACUGCUGCACGUGCAACAAUGGAGGGAUCACCGUCAUCGGCUCAAACAGAUUGCGAGCAACUUGGACAACAAGCCCCCCAGAUAUCAGGCAGCUCGACAGACUGGCGUCAUGGGAUUGUAUAAUAAUGCCAUUACUUUUAUGAGCCGGACCAAGGCAAACAUGCAGAUGUUAAUGGAAUUGUCACAUUUCCUGCGUACCCGUGGAGCUAUUCAAACAUUUCGAUCCGAUCGCUUGUAUACCACGUCUUCAUUGGCUUAUAAAAUUAAGACGUUAGAGCGUGUGGAAGAGGAAAAUCGUGACAUUGCCAAGCGUCUCCUUGACGUGGUUAGCCAAGUUGAUACGGGCCUUAAGGCGAAGUCUAAAACGUGUCAGCCUCCCAAGAAAACGCGUUCUCGUCGCAUAAAACCUUUCACUAUGGACGAGAUGCCACUCAAGAAAUACGAAGGAUAUAACUUUGAGAUGCCCCAGACAGACGAGGAACGCUGGCUGCUCUUUCGACCCCUUAUUUACUUUGAUAUUUAUCUGAAAGACUCGCGACCUCUUGGCCGAAUUGUCGUAGAGCUGUUCACAGAGGCAGCUCCUGUUGUUGUGCUGGAGUUGGUGCGAUCCUGCGUGUUCAAUUUGCAUAACAAAUUUGCUAUCAGAAGAGUCUUUCCAGAUCUUUGGCUUGACGCAGAAUUGCCACUGUCGAGUAAUUCAGAGCUGCGCAAACCAUUAGAGUAUGACGCCAAAGUUAUUGAUCAUGGUGCCUCUAGUUAUGUAUUGUCAUUUAGCAAGGACUAUCUAAAAGCCCCUGAAUGCAGCCAACGGUUCUCGCAUUGGCUUCGGUCGUGUAAUCAAGAAUAGCAAGAUCAUCGACAGUCUUCAGUGUUAUGGCACCAAAAAUGGUGUCCUUAGACGGGGUAUCCUUUUUACUGGCUGUGGGGUUUUGUAAAUUUUACACAUUUUCCAAAUUUCACGUACAAUAAAUUCUUGUAUACUUUCAUAA